AGCAUCCGCUGAUACAAUGGGUCAUGCUGACUCUCAACCCCGCAACGUCUCUCAUUCAUGGACAUGGAACGGUGUUUCUGAGAUGCGCACCACAACUCAACAUGACACAGAGAACACAGGGCUCAUAUACGGCCAUUCUACGCGACGAAUGAUGCUAUCAAACCUUAACACCCAAAAGGCCUUCCCGCAUCCGUUUCUUGCGCCACCAUCUGUGCCAUUGAUAUACGAUCUGCGCUAUCCGCCCACCUCUCUCCGUUUUCCACCAUCAUCUCCGUUUGCGGACUGCGGGUACGAAUUCCUCCGCGUCCCACUCACGUCAGAGAGGCCCAGGCAGAUACGGCUCAUCAGCCCAUACUUUCCUUGGGCGUUUGACAUCGGCCCAAGUGCCGGAGAAGAGGUUGUGACGUGUCUCGACGUUCUCUCUACUCUGCACGCUGCAUUGCAGUGCCCGCUUACAGACACCGAGUGGGGAACCGCUGGAGACGAUAAACGUGCGAGUCUCAUCAGAGCACGCAACUGUCGUCUAUGGAUCCAAAUUGCGUUGCAUGGCAGCUCAAAUUCUGCACCACAGACUAGACCCACGGUGCAGCGAGAGCCGCUGCUACUCCGUGUCGACUGGCUUGGAUCCAGCGUUGCAUUCACGGGGCUUGUCAAGGAUGAGGCUUUUGCGAGCAGGAGACUCAUUCCGGGUGGUAGGGAGCCCCCUGAGACAUGGGUAAUGAAGUUCCAUAAAUUAUAA